AUGCGCCAACCACCAGCCAAGCGGAUAAGCAGGGAAGACUGGGGAAAGCACAAGCUGAACUUGCGGCAGCUGUACCGGGAGCAAGGCUUGCCACUGCCGCAGGUGAUGCGGGAGAUGAAAGCCCGACACAACUUUGAGGCAUCCAAAAAGCAGUAUCGCUACCGCCUUGGCGAAGUCUGGGGCUGGCUGAAGUACAACCAGGGCCACAAGCGGUCUCAAACUCCCGAGACACCAAGCUACCCGGCCAGCGACCUCGAGGACAGGGAUGUCCGAUACCUGAGCGUGAACUUGCCCGAGAGUGUCGAGGUGUCCUCCGUGGAGUUCGAUGGGAUGCCCACUCCGCCGAGUGGCUCCGAGGAUAACGACAGAGCCGACAGAGAUGCCUCGUUUCUGGGCAGGGAGUUCAUGUCGGUAUUUGCCGAUAGGUGCUUUCCAGUUGAUGACUGCAUCACCCCUUACGCAGUCCCUAAGCUGGAGAACUAUGGUGAGACUCCACCUGCUGCCGAUCCUUUCGAAGCGAAGAGCAGGGUAGUUCGAGGGAUCACUCUAGAAAUUCUGCCGAAGAACGGCUCCCUCGACGUGACUGCUUAUCAUCGUCUCAACUCCUCUCUCCAGGGAUCAUUCGAGAAGUUUGGAGAUGGCCAGCACACAGAGCUGGGUCAAGCCGACAAUAAGUUGCACAUCACAGAGCUGGGAAUUAUCGAGGAACAGCCAUGGUACGUCGAGUUCGACGAUAGCAGCCCAGCCUCGAGGUGCCUCUGGUCCUGCUUCUACUGGUGCAAGGAAAAAAUCCUUUUUUGCUCACCCGAUGCCGAGGUUCCCGCGCCGUUCGGUAGACUAGGAGAAGGAGAAGCCGAUGAUAAGGAGAACACCAUCAAUAAGGAUGUUUGCCUCUUCGUAUACCUCUGGGACACCUGGGCAUCGCGGGACAACAACGAAGCCGGUAUCGAAUGGGAGCAGAUGUCAGAGAAAGCCCUCGGAAUUACUCCGACGCAUGUACUGCACACGAUGAGCUCACUUAUCGUGAACGUGGCAGCGGACGAGUCAGGUCCUCCAACAACAGCCGCGCCGCCUUCGCCGUCGCCACCGCCAUCACUGCAACGGUCGAUGCUCAGUCUCCAAAAAGACAAGACCAUCACCACUCUCACUUUUAUCGAACUUGCCGAGAACGGAGUCAGGGCGAUCGGAAACGACGACAACGGCGGCUGGGCGAAGAGAAAGCUGGUCGCAGAGUUCGUGCGGGAGUUCGUGUACCUGCACGAUCCGCGCGGCGCGCAGGGGCAGGAUGAGCGUAAGUACCUCGAGGCUGCUAGAGCUGCUGCCGAGAUGUACGUCGAGCGCAAGUGGUUAUCGCUGGAGAGUCUGGACGGCCUAGAAGCGAUGGAUGUCCUGGAUGAUGCGGAGGAUAUCGGAGGCGACAGCUCUGUGGUGGAUGAUGACUGGAGCCUUGACGACUUGGACGAUGGUAGUGAGGUGUCGGAAGAGGAGUGA